AGAACACAAUAGAGGACGACAUAAUACAUUCAGCAGUUUAACUUGAGGAGUGGGUGGAACUUUCUGAUAUAAAAAACAAGCAGCUGAAAAGACACUAGAACAAGUAAAUGGGAAGUUUUGGAAUGUUGUAGAAGCCAUUAUGCCUACUUGGAAAAAACUGCUACCUAUAGCUGGAAUAUCAAUACUUCUUGUAGGAAGCUGUGUAGCUAUUUAUUAUGCGAUAUCUCUGAGUUCCUAUGACGGCCCUGGUACCACUAACAAUCUGGAACAGAUUAUACUUGAAAGAUGCUCAAUGUACAGAGAGAAAAAUCAAAGCAUUAGACAUGAAGACUGCAUACAAAUCUGGCAAGCACUUACAAAAGCAGCGACUUCUAAAGAUCCGUGCUCAGUUACGCAAGAGGAUUAUGCCCCCUUACUCGAAUUGACAGACCAGAAGGCCGUCUGCAAUAAGGUACUUUUGUGGAGUAAAACAAAACAAAUUGCUCAUUGUCUAACAAAAGAAAACCAACAAUACAUAACCCUAGAGGAUACAUUUCUGGGCUUUUUAUUUGAUGACCUCACGUGGUGUGGGAGAGCUCAUAAAGAAGGGUUUAAUUUUACAUCAUGCCCAACAUGGAAAAAGUGUGUAAACAACACUAUUACUUCUUUUUGGAAGAUGGCAUCUGCUUCAUUUGCCAGAAACGCAUGUGGUUUGGUUACUAUCAUGCUGAAUGGUUCAGCAGCCAAUGGAAUUGUCGAUUACAACAGCAUUCUAUGGACUGUUGAAAUACCUCAUUUGAAUCCAUUAAAAGUAUCUGAAGUACAACUCUGGCUUAUAGAUGACAGAGAUUUAUGCAGCAGUGAACCUGUAUUAAAGCUCAGAAAAUAUAUUGAACAGAAAGGUCUUAAGUAUUCCUGCUCGGAAUAUUACAGGCCAGAAGAGCUGGAAAGAUGCAUCAAGGAACAUGUCCUCUGACUUCAGAAUCCCUUUAAUAUGAGACGAUAUUUCAGAGUUACAUGAUUUCUAAUUAUUUUAACACAUCAUAUCAAUCAUAUUACUAUUUAGACAUGGGUUAAUAUCAUUUUUUUGUAUAACUAGUUAUUUUCAUUUUGUCCCAAUUUAGAACAUGUUAAAGAGACUAAAUAAUAAUCAUAAUAAUAAUAAUUAAAUUUGCAUGGGUGCAUUUGAAUUUUGAAUAUAAGCAUUUUUGCAGUAUACUUGUAUUAGCAAAAAUGCUUCUCAUAAAAAUAAUUAUGAUUUCAGGGGCAUAUGUACAUAGGCUGAGCAUUCCUAGAGCACCUGCAUUCAAACAAUAUGCCUAUUUAGCGAGCUAUUAGCAGUGAAUACUAUGUUACCAAUAAGUCAAUUUGCGUUAUGCCACCACCAGCAAUCUGAUCAAGUGCAUUAUUUGAAUGUAGGCCCACUUAGUAGGAGCUGCAUAUACAGUUUACGGUUGCCCCUGAAACAGUAAUACACUUUACUAGCUAACGUGAGUAUAUUGCAAAAAAUGCUUUUAUUCAAAAUUAUCAGGCAUUAAUGAAAACAUCUGUAUUAACUAGUAUGUCCCUUUAAAUAUUAGGUGUAUAAAGAACGCUUUUUAUAAAAGUUUUAUAGUAAUAGUAAUAUAAGAAAUGUGUUUUGUUUAUCAGCAUCUUGUUUGCAUAGCUUUUCUAUAACCAUAAAUGCAGUAUUGAAAUGUUCAGUAUACUGUAGGUGGUGGUGGUUUCUACAGGCAAAUGACAAUAUAAUUAGCUAUUUGUAAACAGUUUAAUAAACAGCAGCUGAAAUUAAUCACUGGGAACACAUUUGAUUCUUGACUGUUACUGUUUUCUUUUAAAUGUUUUAAUGACCUGUUAAUAAAAUCAUCAUAUUGCAUGUUUA